AUGUGUGUUAUGGAUGAGGCUGAUAAACUCUUAUCACCCGAAUUCCAACCUGUUGUUGAAGAAUUGGUCCGAUUCCUACCCAAGGAGAAGCGUCAAAUUCUUAUGUUCUCCGCGACAUUCCCGGUUACCAUAUUGGAUUUCAAGAAUAAGUAUAUGCCUGAUGCUGUUGAGAUCAACUUGAUGGAAGAACUCACUCUAAAGGGUGUUACCCAGUUCUAUGCCUUCGUUGAGGAACGUCAGAAGGUUCAUUGCUUAAACACUCUUUUCUCCAAGUUGACUAUUAAUCAGGCUAUUAUAUUCUGUAAUUCCGUCAAUCGUGUCGAAUUAUUGGCCAAGAAGAUCACCGAGCUUGGUUUCUCAUGCUUCUAUAUCCAUGCUAGGAUGUAUCAGUCUCAUAGAAAUCGUGUAUUCCAUGACUUCCGUAAUGGUGCUUGCAGAUGUUUGGUAUCUUCUGAUCUAUUCACUCGUGGUAUCGAUAUUGAGAAUGUUAAUGUGGUUAUCAACUUUGAUUUCCCUAAGAACUCGGAGACUUAUCUACAUCGUAUUGGUCGUUCCGGCCGUUUCGGUCAUUUGGGAAUUGCUAUUAAUAUGCUCACUUAUGAUGAUAGGUUCAACCUUUAUAGAAUUGAGCAUGAGUUGGGAACUGAGAUCAAGCCCAUCCCAAGCCAUAUCGAUGAAGCUCUAUAUUGCUAA